AUGUCAGAAUAUAUUAACGAUAGUCCAGAUGUCCUAGAUGACGACCAACUUCCUUCAAGACAAGGAGAUGGAAGUGAGGAACUAUUAGCAGGCUUUGCAAGUAAGGAAACUUUACAUAGAAAGAAGCUGUUAUUAAGGAUUGAUCACUCUGUUAAAUCUCAACUUUUACAAAAUAUUGAACAACUAGAUAAGCUGCUGUCAUUGAACUCCCCACCGGAGUUGGUUUCGGAUGAAUCUACAGAAGAAUCUAGUGAUGAAGCAGCUAGUGAAGGAUAUGAAGAGGAUGAUGAGGAGGUGGAUCCAGUUGAUACACAGGAAAUCUACGAUUUAACCGCACAUAUUCAGGAUCCCGAGCAUCCUUUAAGUUUGGGACAGUUGUCUAUUGUUAAUCUGGAUGAUAUUCAGGUCCGCGAUGAUGGGAAUCCCAAGAAUAUGGCUGAAAUUGUCAUAAGAAUCACACCAACUAUUACACAUUGUUCUCUUGCCACUCUGAUCGGUCUUGGAAUAAGAGUCAGACUUGAAAGGGCUUUACCUCCCAGAUUCAGAAUAACCAUUCUUUUAAAGGAAGGUACACACAAUAGUGAAAACCAAGUGAAUAAACAACUUAACGACAAAGAAAGAGUAGCUGCAGCCUGUGAAAAUGAGCAACUGUUGAGCGUUGUCUCGAAAAUGCUGUCCACCUGUAAAUGA